AUGAAAAUACGAACGGCAAACUUUCUUAACCUAAACCUUUACCUCCCCUUGAUUCGUGAGUCUGAAAACGCGAUUUUUUCCAAGGUACGUUUCUGUGCGAAUACAAAGUGUCAUUAUUAUUGGCGUGGUUUUCAUGCGUGCUCACCUACAAAGCACAUCGUUUGGCGUGAUCUAUCUAUCUAUCUAUCUAUCUAUCUAUCUAUCUAUCUAUCUAUCCUAGUUUGUUCAUUAUCUAUGUUCAUUAUCUAUCUAUCUAUCUAUCUAUCUAUCUAUCUAUCUAUCUAUCUAUCUUUUCUCGUCUUUUCACUAUCUAUCUAUCUCUCUCUCUCUCUCUCUCUCUCUCUCUCUAUAUAUAUAUAUAUAUAUAUAUAUAUAUAUAUAUACUCUGUUCAUUAUCUAUCUAUCUAUAUAUCUAUCUAUUUAUCUAUCUAUCUAUCUUUUGUCGUCUUUUUCAGUAUCUAUCUAUCCUACUGUGUUCAUUAUCUAUCUAUCUAUCUAUCUAUCUAUCUAUCUAUCUAUCUAUCUAUCUCAGAUAAAAAAAAGUCACGAGCCUGA